AAGAAAAAGAAGAAAAUAUCGUCUUCAUUCCCUUCAAAAGUUCAAUCUUUUUCUUCAUUCACGUCACGAGAAGACGAGAGGAGAACAGAUAUGGGUUCUUCUUUGUCGUUCCUGGUUAAGCAAGACGGCGGCGCGUGCCCGGAGGGUGUGGCGGCGAGCACCGGCCUCGGGGACUUGCCGGAGAGCUGUGUGGCGUUGGUGCUGGCGCACCUGGACCCCAAGCAGAUCUGCCGCCUGGCAAUGCUGAAUCGCGCCUUCAGGGGCGCCUCGUUUGCGGAUUUCGUUUGGGAAUCGAAGCUGCCGGUGGAUUAUUGGGGUCUUGUUCGGAGAGUGUUCCGAGAUGAAAACUUCCCCGGAAAUUUGUGUAAAAGGGAUAUUUUUGCCAGGCUUUGCACCCCCAAUUCCAUUGAUGGUGGCACUAAGGUGGUGUGGUUGGAUAAGAGCACAGGGAGAGUUUGUCUGUCGAUUGCAUCAAAUGGGCUAGCGAUUACCGGCAUAGAUGAUCGGAGAUACUGGAGCAGAAUUCCGACAGAAGAGUCAAGGUUCCACUCGGUGGCAUAUCUCCAGCAAAUCUGGUGGUUUGAAGUCGACGGGGAGGUGGAGUUUCCAUUUCCGGCGGGAUCUUACGCCGUCUUCUUCAGACUGCACUUGGGUCGUGUCUCCAAGAGAUUUUACGGUCGAGUUUGCAACUCCGAGCACGUUCACGGGUGGGACAAAAAGCCGGUGAGGUUUCAGCUUUCGUCGUCGGACGGCCAGCAAGCGACGACGGAGUGUUACCUGAGUGAAGCCGGGAAAUGGGUUUACCAGCACGCCGGAGAUUUUGUGGUGUCGGAUUCUGGGAAAACGAUGAAACUGAAAGUUUCAAUGACUCAGAUUGAUUGCACGCACACGAAAGGCGGCCUUUGUGUAGACUCUCUUCUUGUUUGCCCUGCCGAGUAUAAACCCAGGUUAAAGCGUUUGUAAAUUUUGAGGUUAGCAUCUUCUUUUUAUGCGUGCCAUGGCCUAAACCUGUGUAUUUUCUGGGAUUUCUCGGCUGUUUGGUUCAGUUUUCUAUUCUCUUGUGUAUUCUCUGUUUUUUAAUGAGAAAAAUUAUGACAGUAUCAAGGUAA